AUGUCCUACCCGGAGCCCAGCUCGCCGAGCAUGUCCUCGCGCAGGCACACCAACCGCAACACGAACCGCUACUCGGUCACCGCCUUGUUUAGCAUGGCGGCUGAGCAGGACGUUGACGUCGAGGACGAUCUCGCACGAGCCCAGAAACGCUUGAGGGAUCUGAAGGGCAAGAUCUCCGCGCAGUCCAAGAAGAACUUUGUGCUCGAGCGUGACGUCCGAUACCUCGACUCGCGUAUCGCGCUGCUCAUCCAAAAUCGAAUGGCACUGGACGAGCAACGCGAGGUUGAGCGUACGCUGGAAGAAGUAGACCCGACAGAAGGCCAAUACCCCGACGACCGCAGGAUGCAGCAGUACUCCAACCUAUUCUUCCUCCUCCAAUCCGAACCCCGCCACGUCGCCGCCCUCUGCCGCCUCGUCAGCCUAAGCGAGAUCGACACCCUCCUCCAGACCGUCAUGUUCACGCUCUACGGCAACCAGUACGAGAGCCGCGAGGAACACCUGCUGCUUACCAUGUUCCAGUCCGUCCUCUCUGCGCAGUUUGAGACCGCGACUGAGUUUGGCUCCCUCCUGCGUGCGAACACGCCCGUCUCUCGCAUGAUGACCACCUACACCCGCCGAGGGCCGGGACAGUCCUACCUGAAGAGCGUUCUCGCCGAACGUAUCAACAGCCUUAUCGAGCAUAAGGACCUCAACCUCGAGAUCAACCCUGUCAAGGUGUACGAGCAAAUGAUCAACCAAAUCGAAGAAGAGACCGGCUCCCUACCCCCCAACCUCCCUCGUGGUGUUCCCCCAGAAGUCGCUCAGGAGAACCCUGACGUCCAGGCAAUCAUCGCGCCCCGCCUAACGAUGCUUAUGGAGAUCGCGAACAGCUUCCUGCUCACCAUCAUCGAGAGCAUGGAGAGCGUGCCGUACGGUAUCCGGUGGAUCUGCAAGCAAAUCCGGAGUCUAACGCGGCGAAAAUACCCAGAGGCGACGGAUUAUGCUAUCUGCUCGUUGAUCGGCGGCUUCUUCUUCCUUCGCUUCAUCAACCCGGCUAUCGUAACACCGCAGGCGUACAUGCUUGUCGAGGGCGUUCCCGCGAAGCACCCGAGACGGACAUUGACUUUGAUCGCGAAAAUGUUGCAGAACCUUGCCAACAAGCCCUCGUACUCAAAGGAGGCUUACAUGAUGACGCUCAACCCCUUCGUCGACAACAACAAGGCGCGCAUCAAUCAGUUCUUGAAUAAUUUGUGUGAGGUUGGGGAUUUCUAUGACACCUUGGAGAUGGACCAGUACAUGGCGCUGUCGAAGAAGGAUCUGAUGAUCCAUAUCACGUUGAAUGAGUUGUACAACACCCACUCAUUGAUUCUGCAACACAUCGAAACACUGUCACCCAACGAGAAGCAACAUCUACGCAUCCUCACGGACGAGCUUGGCCCUGCACCUCCGCAGGUGCCACGCAAGGAGAACCGCACGAUCGAGCUGUCGCUGUACAGCCGCUGGGAGACGCCGGUGCAGGACAUCCAGAGCGCUCUCAUGGACUCGGUAUCAUCAAGCGACAUGCUCUACAUGGAAGCCAAGUCGAUCUUCGUCCACCUCCUCCGUUCUAUCCCGCAUGCCGCUGAGAAGAAGCCGUACAACCUCGCAGCCAUCGCGGAGCGCGCUGCGACGACGAAGGACGCGACACUGGUGCGCAAGGGCAUCAAGGUGAAGGAGAUGCUGCGCGAGCUCGAGGAGCUACACGUAAUCGACUCGUCGGACGGGUACAAGCUCAUGCAGGACGAGGUCGCUGCGGAGCUCGCGCACUUGGGCAACCUGCGCGAGAAGGUCGUGCUGGAGACGAAGAGCUUGGAGGCGGUGUACAAGACGAUCUGCGACCACAACAACUAUAUGCGCAGCCAGCUCGAGCAGUACAAGGCGUAUCUGCAGAAUGUGCGUCUGACGGCGACGAAGGAUAAGGGCUCGUCGACGGGUGUGGGCGUCGUUACGGUCGGUGGGAAGGAGAAGAAGCCGACGAAGCCCGUAACGCUGGGGCCGUAUAGGUUCACACAUGCGCAGUUGGAGAAGGAGGGAAUCAUCGUGGAGAGUAAUGUGCCAGAUAAUCGGCGGCCGAAUAUCUACUUCAACAUCACGUCGCCAACGCCCGGGACGUUCAUCAUCGCCCUUCAUUACAAGGGUCGGGAGAAGGCGAUCCUCGAGAUGGACCUCAAGAUCGACGACCUGUUGGAGAAGCAAAAAGACAACAAGCACCUUCUGGACCUCGAGUACGUCCAGCUCAACGUGCCCAAGGUCCUCGGUCUCUUGAAGAAGGUGUUCGCCAAGCGAUGA